AAGUAUCUGCGAACGACUUAGUAAAGAUGAUGGACAGCCCAACAGUGAAAAUCAUUCUCAAGACGGGUUUCGACGCAGCCCUUGUAUGCCGCGUCCUCGAGAAGCAACUGCGUCAAACAGGCAUCGACUUCUCAUCUUCAGACAACUUCAUCAAGGCUUUAGAGGCAGCAGAGAAGACCAACCCGAAAUCUCCAGUGCCAAAUAUUGAGAUGCAGAUGCAAAGGCUUGCUGCCUUUGAGCUAGACGGUGGUCACAGACAGGAUCAGUCACAUAACACUCGGUCAGAUCAAAACGGCUUCGGUACUUCAAGAUCUUCAGUUGUUAAUCGUGAGUAA